CAUUCUUCAUCUGCUGGUUCCAUUUGCACUCGCAUUCGUUUCUUCCGACAGUAAAAAAAUUGUCCGGUGCGUCAUGUGAAGUUCGUGGUUUCAGUUUGUAGAUGACUUCAGAGGCAAGAUUAGUCCGCGGCUUCCGGUUUGAUCGCAUUCGGGUGUCGAAAACGAAAUCUGUACGAGCCCGGGCGCAAAAUAGUUCCUUACCGGAGCAAAACCAAAGCGGAGAAGCUUCUCGAGCGCCCCGGCGCGACGAAUUUGACUCGGCUGAAGCAGCAGCUGGGCGGAGCAAAAUCAAUGCUCUCGGGAGAAAACAGCAACACCUUCGCGGUCCCGUUACCGGGACCAUCGGAUCGAGGGACGAGCGGGCCUCACACAGCCAUCUGCUCGACCAUCUGGAUCUGUCCUCACCCUUUGCCGCGCAUGAGGAGAACCUGGACCGCGUGGCCGGCACCUCGCUGCCCCCGGUCCGCAUUUGCAACUACAUCCGGGACCGGUGCGCGCAAUUACUCCGGGACUUUGGUCACAAGAAGGACGUGCAGCGGCACGGGCGCUACGUGCAGGAUAUCAUGCGGAGCCGCAGCGCCACGGAGGUGCCAACCGUAUUGAGCAGUCGCUUCCUACCGGAGCACGCCGACGGAGGGUCGCCCAUGGACCGAAUUUUGAGUGAUCCCGUGUACCAGGCGGCCAUUCGCGGUCAGAAGUAUCGCGUAGAGAAGGAGAGGGAAAAGGUCAAGAACGCGCAAAAAAAAUCUGCCAGCGCUUCUAGGGAGGGUGGUGGGCUUUCAUCAACCUCUGGUGCUUCCUCUCCAUCAACCACGGACGACUAUGAUGAUUUUGUCGAGGAUGGCGAACAAGCAGACGAAGAAGAAAGUACUGAAGAAAAAUCGGACAACGUCGAAGAGAAUGAGCGCAACGACGCGUCACCAUCACCGCGAAAUUCUACUUCCGUUCGCACGCCAAAGACCAUGGCGCAUUUGUCUCGCCUCGCCCGCGCGCACGCGGAAGACAAGAAGCACAAGCUGUACCAGAUGUUUUGGUCGCCCGAAGCCGCCCUGGCCUACCUCGGAGAGCGCUAUGUGGGUAGUUACGCGGCGAACCUCCGGGUCUUAUCCGAAGUGAAGCUACGGUGCCCGGGCUUUCACCCGAAACGAAUGCUCGACUACGGGAGCGGUCCCGCGCCGUCCGUUGCGGCCGCGCUCCGGUUGUUUCCCCGCUCGCUGGACCACGUUACGUGCAUCGAGCCGUCCGCAAAUAUGGCACAGCUGGCACAGUACCUGUUGAAGGGCCCGCAAACGAAUUUAGAGGACUCGGCGACAGAGGCGAGCCCCGUCGGGGAAAAGUUCAUGUCGGUGAACGGAAACAUCGACUUCAGGUGGCAAAGCUGUUUGUACGACGACGUGGCUGGUGCCGGGGGAAUGAAUCCUCCACAUCAACGUCAGCAUCCGUCCUUCGGAAGCUGCACAGCGCAAGAACUACCGUCUCAAGAGCAGAAUUUCAUCGAAACCAACAACGCCUGCUCCCGCAGGUACGACCUGAUAACGCUCUCCUACGUGCAGAUGGAGAUCCGGGGGCAGCCUAGCCGGGACAUGCUGAUCCGCAACCUGUGGAACCGGUUGACGUACCCCGGCGGCAUGCUCCUGUUGAUCGAGCGGGGCACCCCGACCGGGUUUCGGUUUCUGCACCACACGCGCGAGAUGUUUAUCGACGAGAUCACCGAGGAGCACUUCCAUUUCGUCGCCCCCUGUCCGCACGAAGACAUGUGUCCGUUGGCCGUGACCGGGUCCGACUGGUGCCACUUCGCGCAGCAGGUUCACCGCCUUCCCCAUACGGUCUACUGCAAGGGCAGCACGGCGAAGUUUCUGGAGGCGGAGAAAUUCUCGUUUCUCGCAAUCCGCCGGGGUCCCGGGCCGCGGUUCGUGCGGAAAACCGAGGCGGCCUGCCAGUCGCCGGAGGAACAGAGCUACUUCUGGCCGCGGGUGGUCAUGCCGGCACUGAAGGGGGGCGGGCAUACGCUGAUGGACAUUUGCAGUCACUGUCCGGGGAAAAGGAAGAGUGGCUCGUGCGGUUCAGGUGGGUCGUCGUCGUCGUGUGGGUCGAAGUCCGCACCAUCAUUUUUCGCAACAGCAAGUGAGGGGGCAAAAGAAUCGAAUCCUGGCUGGGAUGAAUCAUCUGAAACCACAACUGCGAAAGAAGACGAAGCGUUCGACCGCAUGAAACCGAUGGGCCGCUUCGAGCGAAUCAGCACGUCCCGCUCGAAAGCGGAUUGCAUGGGCCACAGGUUUGCGCGCCACGUCAUGUGGGGCGACCUGUGGCGGUUCCCGAAACGCGUGAACCGCCCGGAAGCCCGGGCGUACGUCCCGGAGAAAACGCGAAACCAUCUGGACCGCCUCGCGCAGAAAGCCGCCAACGCGAUGGGGCUGCCGCCGGUGGCGGACGGACCAGAGGAAGGAGGGGCUGAAGGUGAACGAUUUUUGAGGAGCAGUGCGAAAACUAGUGAUAAAGAUACACCAGGAUCUUCGACCACAUCUAACGAAGCUGAACUCGAUAGUGAAGAAAGCGCUUUGUUUCAAGAUGAUGAUGAAAUGAUGCAAUAUGGGAGGAAAGACAAAAGAAGCACAAAGCCUACAUUUUGGCGUGAACAUCGAAACAGUGAGUACCAUUAUGGUCGGUGAGUCGAAAGGUGUAUUAACUUCUGGACUGAGGCGGCAUUUCAU